AUGCCGAGGUGUCUGCCCCAGCUGUGGAGAAUCCCAGCAUUGCUGCUCAGCUCUGAGGCUGUGUCAUGCCUCCUCUUCCUCGCCGAGGACCCCACAGGCAUCAGCGUAGCUGGAAGGGGGCUCUGGGGUGGGGGUGUGUUCCUGGUACAGUCAGGUGAGGGCAGCCCUGACUGCAGGCUCGCAGGAGCAGGCAGAGGGCCAGCUGGCUCUGGCACCCGUCCCGGCAGCCCGUCCUGCUCCUUCACUGUGACUCUGCAAAACAGCGGGGCGGGGGCGGUGACGAUGACGAUGGCUGGGCCAGGAGGAAGUAGAGCGGCCCGGCUGGGCGCUGCACUGCUCGGGGCAGAGCAGAGGGCUCGGCUGGGCAGGAAGGAGGAAGGCCAAGGGCGGCUGACAGCAGCAGCCAUGGCCGAGCCCGAUGAUCGGAGCAUUCACACACAGCACAUCUCGACCGUACACAACGUGCCCAUGAGCGUCCUCAUCCGGCCCAUCCCGCCGGAGCUGGAUCCAGGGAAAGUGCAGAGCCUGGUGGAGACCCUGCAGGAAGAUCCCGAGCGAGUGCCCCCCAUCGACGUGCUCUGGGUCAAAGGCAGCGAGGGCGGUGACUACUUCUACUCCUUCGGGGGCUGCCACCGCUUCGCAGCCCACCAGGCACUCCAGCGGGAGACCAUCCCUGCCAAGAUCAUCCCCUCUACCCUCAGCGACCUCCGAACCUACCUGGGCUCCUCCACGCCCCACCUGCGCUAGCCCAGCAUCCCGAGGAUGCACCCGCAGCCCCCGCUGUUGCCGUUGGUUCCUACCCGGGAGCCCCUGGUGAAGAUGGGGUCGGGGUCUCCCAGCCCUGAGGGGGUUCCCGGGGUCCCUCCAACAGGGAUGGGGUCAGUGUCCUCCCACCUUGGGGCGCGGGUCCUCGGGGUUCCUUCAGCCAGGAUAGAGUCAGGGUGCUCCAACCCUGAGGGGAGUCCCUGGAGUCUCUCCAGCCGGGAUGGGGUCAGGGUCUCGCCGGUACCGGGAGGUGUCCG